CUCUCUCUCGCCAGGCUUGCGUGGCCCGCCGGGGUGAUCUCGGGUAAGGCGGCGUCCUCGGCUGAACCGGGUUCGGGCGAGGGCGGUCCUGACGCACCGUCGGAGGAGGCGCCUCUCGGGGGCCGCUGCUGCUGCCGGCCGCGGAGAGAGCGAGAGGGAGCGAGCGAGCGAGGCCGGAGCGGGACUUUCCCGCCAACCGAGGCUGGGAGCUGACGGGCGACCGAAAGGGCUAGGCGAGGACCGAGGCGAAGGCCCAGCGGCGUCGCUCGCCUCGACGGGCGCUACCUAGUUCUCCCUCCCAGUUGGGACGAGGCUUUGGGGAAAUGGACUUGCCUCUGGAAGACCCUCCAGCCCAGCCUCACCCAGAGAUGCCACACACCCCUUCCUGUGGACAGGUCUGUGAGCUGCGCACGGCGGUGUCUUGUUUUGCUGAAGAAACCGUCUCGCUUCUCUCAGCCAAUGGGCUGUUGAGUCAUUCUGUACUCAGGACGGGAAGCGGCCCAGUAACGCACCCAAGGGAGCAAGGGGGACCCUUGGCCACGGCCCGACGCAAGCGGGAGUUCACUCCAGAUGAGAAGAAAGAUGACGGCUACUGGGACAAAAGGAAGAAGAACAACGAGGCCGCCAAGCGCUCGCGGGAGAAACGGCGGGUCAGCGACCUGGCCUUGGAGGGGCGGGUACUGGCACUGCUAGAGGAGAACGCCCGCCUCAAGGCAGAGCUCCUGGCCCUCAAAUUCCGCUUUGGCUUGAUUCGGGACCCCACAGAGUCUUCCCGGCCAGUGGUGGCUCUCGCCCCUGCUCCUGAACUCCACCGUCCAACCGGCACACCUCAGCAGUACCCUGUGGCUCCUGACCCUUCACGUUACGCUUGUCCCUUUAGGCCAGAACCAGCCACCAGCUCUGAGGAUUCUGGGUUCUCCACCCCAGGAAGCUCCAAUAUGGGAAGCCCGGUCUUUUUUGAGGAGCGCGACAGCAGAGCGGAGGAGGGCAUCGCUCAGGACGGGCACUGCUUGGUGCCCGACAUCCCCAGUGACGGAGCCGACGUGGGCCGAGCUGGCUGUUACGACUCUGGGGAGAACGUCAAAGGCCUCCCACACAAGCUGCGCUUCAAAAUGGCUGGUGGGUCAGAGGAGAUGGUGAGGGAGCCAGCCGGACCGUAUCUACCCUCUUCACCCACAGGACCCUGGAGAGGGCCGGCCGUGCGGGAGGAGCAGAGGAACAUGGGAGCCUCUGUGGGGGUGAUGGCCUUUGAGAGCUGCUGUGAAAUGGAGGCCCCCGGAGCCCAGCUGCCAGCCCCCCAGGGGGCAUCGUACCAGACAGAAAACAGCACCCUGCGAAGCCAGCUUGCCUCUCUUUCUGCGGAAGUGGCUCAGCUCAAAAAGCUUUUCUCUGAACAGAUCCUGAUCAAGAUGAACUGAACUAGAGAACGGGGGAAGAAAAAUCUAAAGGAGGCUGGCAAUCAUGGAGAUUAUUAUCCUCUCUCUCUUCCCCUGCAGUGGCCAGAGCCCACUUUGUUUAUACUGGUAGCAAAUUUGACUCUGUAGGGUCACUUUUUGUGCUGUUUGCCCACCUUUAGCACCCCUACCUGUCACCAUAAUGACCCUGGCCCAGUAGCUUUCAGAUGUUCUUCCUUCAGGGACCCGCCUUUUGUGUGUGUGUGUAUGUGUGUGAACUCCUCUGUCAAAGAAACCCCUGUGCAUUUCAGAGUUUUUUUGGGGGGCAGUGAGGGCAGGUAGGGGCAAGGCAUUUAUGCCAUACAAUUAGUUUGUAUGGGCCUGAAUCUUACCAACACUUCGUAGGGGAAGAUGGGUUGUGGGCACUCUAGUCUGCCAUCGCUCCAAGAUGUUUUGUGGCCUGAGGCAAAGGACAAGAGGGCGCCUGCCUCCAACCUCCAUUCCACUGAAUAGGAACGCCAGGAAAAGAGGAAUAGGACUGAACUGGAUGCUAGACCUCAGGGCAAAGUGUAGGGUGGGUCAUGUAGUACACAUACAGCCCUAGCCUCCUUCAGUGGGGAACAGUUGGAGGCAGCUGUUGUUUUCCCCUGCCUCCAGAACCUGCCAUCUGAGGCAGGUGCUCCAUUUUGCCUAACAUGAGGGAUGGCCCUGGCCAUCGCUGAUCUGAUAAGCUUCUAAGGACCCCCAGACUAGUUCUUGGAAAACUAACAACCUAUGUCAGCUUAAGAGAGAGAGAGAGAGACGCCAGUACUGCUCAGUCAUCUCUUCCCCAUGAGUUUAACUAGCCCAAGCUUCCUUGUACUGGUCAAUGAAGAACGGUCGUAUUCUUCUGGUUCUCGUAACUCUCUUUCCUCACUUAAUUUCCCGUUCUGUUAGGUUGAAAGGCAUUAGGUGAGUGAGCAGAUACUUGCCAAUGUUAAAACCAGGACUGAAUAAUAUUUUUGGAUUACAACCUCUCAAAACCCUUCAGCCAACCUGGCCAAUCUGGGGAAAAAGGCCCAAAAUCAAGGGUAUAGUUUCUAAGCUCUGACCUCUCUCUGUAACAGACAGUCUAACCCACUGGAAAGGUAGGCAAGAAGGGGGGGAUGAAUAACUGGGAUGGAAUAAAGAUACAGAUCUGGUUAUCACAGUUUUCAUGUCCUCACUGCUCCUUUCACUGCCUUCUCAGCUUGACCAGCGCUUCAUCUCUGUAGCCCAAUGAGACCUGCCUGGAAGCUUGACAAUCCUUCCUGAAAAUGCUAUGUAGUGGAGGAAAACCACUUUGCACAUGAUUCAGAGAACUCUCUCUUCUUUAUUAGUAUUUGAUAUGUUCCACUGUGGAAUCUUAGCAUCAAAAUAUUUAGCAGGAUUUCUUUUUUAAUUGGUUAAUCAUGUACUUUUUAAACUGAUAACGUCACUGAUUUUAAAUAAAUUUUGUUUGUUGCUAUAGCUUUUGUUAUGGGUUACUUUUUAAGACAAAUGACAAUUAUUUAAUAAACAAAAGUUAACUACCCAUU